AUGGACAAAGACGUGAAUGUUGUGGAUAUCAACCCAGAGAGCCACCUGAUGUUCUACCUGCGAGCCAUGCAGGUAUGGGGUAUGUGGCCGUACAAGUCCAAGAGCUCUUUUAUAACAGCGGCUCAUUGGAUCUACUCCAAGUCGAUGAUGCUGUGUCUGUUAAUCAUCUCUAUACAACAGCUGCUUCAAAUGACUAUCUCACCCGACUUGGAAAACAUCAGUGCAGCCAUCGACGUCGCCUCUCUAACUCUCGCUGCCCUCUACCGUCAAGCCUUAUUCAUGUUUUACAUCAAGGAUUUCAAAUCCCUCGCAGACAAAGUCGACGCUAACUUCCUCCCACACAGACUACCUUACAACGUCAAGUUCGACAUCAACCAAUGGAUCAAGUACGCCAGAUUGUUCACGUACGUCUACUUUUUCUUACCUGUUCUCAUCAUAAUUGCAUGGGUAACUUCGAGGAAUAUUGAUAACAUAAAGAUAUCCCAGGAGCUUGAAAAAAUAUCUUCAGUACCGGGAGAGUAUGACAAUUUGACUUUGGCUGAACAAAUGGCGCUCAAUCUGACUACGGCGGUUCAAGAUGAAGAGGUUCUAGUUUUACUUCCAAAGACGAAUUUGCAGCAUGUCAAACGGCGACUGCCUGUCAACUGCUGGUACCCGUUUGAUUCUGGUGUAUCGCCAGCUUUCGAGAUUGCAUUUGUGUGGGAAACAUCGAUGGCGGCCGUAUGUGGUAUGGCUUAUGUCAUCAGUGAUGCUUUGCUGUUUAUGAUGAUAUAUCUUAUCUGUGGACAGUUGCAAAUUGUCAAGAUAAGUUUGUAUGCGUUGAAAGAUGAUUACGCUAAGUUUAAGCAAACCGUCACCGAAAAACUAAUUAUCACGAGGGAGAAAGACUCUCUAAAGUCACUAGCCGCUUGGGAAGGUUACUCAAAAGAAAGGGAAAUUCAAGCAAAAAUGGACGAAGCAAUUAUAAAAUGUGUUGAUUAUCACAAUGAAAUACUGAGGGUCAUCGAGGACCUGGACAUGAUGUUGAGGACGUCUAUUGUGGUAGAUUUUCUACAUGCUGUGGUCUCUCUCAGCUUUGCUAUGUUGCAGACUGUUCGCGCAGAGACAGCAGACAAAGAUGUAAAUUGUAAAACGGAGCAGAAGAAUGUUAGCGCAAGCGAUGAGAUUGCAAACACUAUUUACGAGUGGAUACAGAUGAUUCUCUUCAUCGGAACUUGUAUUCUGCAUCAGUUCCUUAAUAAUCUAUUUUGUGAAGUCCUCAUACAACAGCAAGAGACGUUAGCCGAGGCAGCCUACGACGCCCCGUGGGUUGAUGGGUCAUCCACCCAAAAGACGGCAGUCUACAUGGUUAUGGUACAAGCUCGUAAACCUCUGCGGCUAAGUGGCUGGAAGAUGUACGUCCUCGGUCUUAGCACAUUUGUCGAUUUUAUAAAGCUUCUAGCUUCAUACUUCUUGGUGCUACAGACUCUGCAUGCAGAAGAGAAGAAAGAGUAAAGAUUUAGCACUAUCAGCAAGAGGCUUUUAGCAUAGAUAAAACAUACUCCCUUCUUUUAGUCUUUGUGAAUCCGUUUUGAGCACCUAAAAUUAUUAAAUAAAAGUUCUUGUGUUA